ACAGCAGCAAAGAAGAGCAAAGCGCCACAUCAAGCACCGCUCUUGGUGCUCUUCUUUUGUUGCCUUGUUGCUUGCAGAGCUUGCCCUUGCCUUCUUCUUCUUGUUUAAGUGUGUCAAACUUUGAGGCACAAUGACGACGGCUGUGGUGAUGGUGCUGGUCGUGGCAGUCGUCACGGUGACCAUGCACGCAUGCUCAGCAACUGCUGCAACUCCAACCACACCACUCCGGUUCCAACAAGACAAGCAGCUCUGCUCGGAAGUACAUGGCACACUAGAGAGCAUGGUGCGCGUGCUGAGAACGCAUGGCGUGGCAUUUUCCCCCAAUCCACACGGACGCAGCAGCAACAACAACAGCAGCAACAGCAACAACAACAACAGCAACAGCAGCAACAGCAGCAACAGCAGCAGCAGCAAAGACGACUCCUCCCACAACGCAACGACACACGAAGUCCAAGGCGCUGCGGCAACUGCAAACACCCUGCACUCUUCGCUCGUCGUCGACCUGUCACCGGUGCACCGCAUGAUGACUGCGUUUGGCUGCGGCAACCGAAAUGACGAGCAGCCUCAGCGGAGUGAUGACGAAUCAGCUCGUCAUGACCCAAGUCACACCGCCUCACGUGUGCCCCUGUUUUCAGCGCCCACGCACGUGGACGACAGAGUGGACACCAUCCGAAAUGCGAAACUCGCGCAGCCCUCUCAGAAGCAACAACAACAGCAGCAGCAGCGACAUCAAAGGCGCGUGCGACGGAGUGAUGAUGGAGCUGUCAUGCACGCGGGAGCAUGCACGCUGGCAAGUGUGAUCAACGGCACAUGUCCGGGCGCAGACGACCGUGGAGGCCUCACAAUCGCCUUGCGUGAGGAAGAUCGUGUGAAUGACACCACGGACGCGAGCACACUACGAGCCAUAUCCGGGUCCGUCAUCGAGCUGACAGUGAAUGGGUACGUGGCCGAGUUGCCGCUUCGAUGGAUUGUCGACAACGGCGAUUGGACUGUGUGCAGCAAAGUGGUCGUGUUCCACGUACAGAAUCCCACGUUUCAGCUGAGCAUGCUAAACCCAAUGACGGGCAUCGCCACGAUCUGGGUUCGCGACAGCGAUGCUCUGCGUGAAGUCGACACGCGUGGCUUUCAACACGAGAAGAGGAUUGCGAGGUUUCUUGUAUCGAACUGCUCGCUGACGGCUGUACCCAACGUCUCUGCGAUGACUUCGCUCAGUGCCUUCAACGUCCACCAAAACCGUAUCCAGCGCAUCUGUAAAGGCAGCUUUACGGGGUUGACACUGCUGCACCACUUGGCUUUGAACGACAAUGUCAUUUCAAAGAUUGAACGAGGGGUGUUCGAUGACCUUCAGCAGCUGCGUCGGCUUGACCUGCACUCCAACGGCAUCACCGCUUUUCCUCCCGCCUUGUUCCACGGGCUGACGAACCUCACACUUUUACAAUUGCAACGGAACCCGAUCACAAAGCUUGACGCAGACGUGUUCGCUGCCCUCACCACGUUGGACCGCCUCAGCCUUGAACAUACGCUCCUCACCAGCUUACCCCCAACGUUGUUCCGACAAACCACUCGCCUGACUCGCCUUGAGUUGGCAAACAACUUCAUCACAUCCCUUCCCGAAACCCUCUUCUCCGGGUUGUCGGUGUUGCAGUACCUGCAGAUGGCUGACAACCGGCUGACAUCGCUGCCGUCCGGCGUCUUCACAGACUUGGCGUCGCUGGCUUUCCUGUCUUUGCCAGAGAAUGACCUCACUUCGUUGCCUGUGGACCUCUUUCGGGCCAACCUACGACUCGAUACUUUCUAUUGCAACAACAACCGUCUCACGGCACUCCCAUCCAACCUCCUGGCCAACGUUUCUGCGCUCUGGUUCGUGUCCUUUGCCAACAACGCCCUUCGCUCCAUCGACAAUGUGCUCGCGGAGGCUUCCCCGUCGUUCUGGCACACGCUUGAUCUUGACAACAAUCGACUGACCAAGCUGCAGUUGGCCAGAGAAUUGCCUUCCCUUCGCCGCCUCGGCUUGAGCGACAACCGCCUACAGAAACUGCCGGACGUCAGCCUCACUCCUGCGCUGGACACUCUCCGACUCCAAAAUCAUCAAAUCAAGCACAUGGACCUGGCACCGCUUCUUCAACUACCGAACCUCCAAAUCCUGCUGCUUGACGCGUCUCCACAAACAGAAUCCCGAGCAGUGUUGUCGGAUACCAAUAUGACCAGCAUUGCGCCACUGCUCACGCUCAGGUUGGCAAAUGUGGACAUAACCGCUGUGGCUACAGUCUUCGAACAUCUCCCGCCGCUGAACCUUGGUGUGUUGCAUGUUGGCUGGCUCGGCGCCAGCAGUGCCACCCUUCCAAUUACUCAAGUGUGCAGGCUGCUCGCAAGCAGCGUGCGUGAGCUGCGCAUCGCCAACACAGAGUACAGGGCUAUUGAGCUGUGCCCUGACAAGACAGUCAACACCCUCCUUCUCACCGACAACAAACAACUGCGAGCUGUCACCGUCCACAACCCGCUGCGUGAACUUAACGUGUCUGGCUGCACUCAGCUCACUUCCAUUGAUGCACCUCCUGUUGAUAUACUCGACAUCAGCAGCACCAACUUCCCAUUGACACGUACGCUGUGCACGCGUUGGGGACGGCGCAUUCUCUUCGCCAGAAACUUGGUCAAACCCGUCGACAUCCGACAAGCGGCUGCAACUGCACGCACCUGCCUUGAGCGAGUAGACGUGCUGGACCUCUCUGCCAACGAAUGGUUGCGCCACGUGAAAGAGAUCAACCGCGCGGUAGGCCGCAGCAGUGUUUUGUCGGACGAGAGCUUUUUCACACCUGAUGUGCGCCCUAUUCCCAGCCGGCUCAUGCCUCCGAUCCUGCAGCUGACUGGGGCGCCCAUUGACUGUGCGCUUCAAUUCUCAAAUCAAAACUUGCGCCCGCUAAGAGAUCCGAACCUACCCACACCACAGAUUGUGUUUUCCUUCCACUGCACAUGUGCUCGUGGGUUCAAGAUGACCUCCAGUGGGCAGUGCGUGGUGGACAAGCCGGACAUUGCUGCCGUGGCUGCUGGCUCUGUGAUUGGCGGCCUUGCGCUUGGCUUGCUCAUGGCGUGGCUGUCACGCCGCUACCGUGGCAUGACGAAACGCAUCGGCCUGCAGGAGCAGCUGCUGGUGGAGAGGGAUGAGGAGGUGAUGGCGCUGAAGGCUGCAUGGGAGAUUGAGUACGAUGAGCUGAGGAUGAUCAAGCGGGUUGCUGCGGGUGCCUUUGGCGUGGUGUUCAAGGCAGAGUGGGACACGGUGACAGUGGCAGUCAAAGUGCUGCAGCAAGCCGUCAUGGCAUUUGACGAGAGCACGGUGUUGGAGUUUGAGAAGGAGGUGGAGUUUCUGCAGCGAACACGGCACCCCAACGUGGUGCGGUUCUUUGGCGCGGGCACAGAUCCCAACGGCAGCCCGUUCCUGGUGCUGGAGUUUGUGGCCAUGGGAUCACUCAAGGACCUGCUGGGGAAGGAAAUGGAGAAAGUGUUGGUGGAAGUGAGGAACACUAAGGUCGAGGAAAGCAGCAGUGGUGGUGUCGGUGAUGACGUGAGCAGUGUGUGGGAUUUGAAACUGCGACUGCUGCGUGACGUUGCGAGUGGCAUGGCCUUUAUCCACAGCCUGGACCAGAUGCACAGAGAUCUGAAGAGCGGCAACGUGCUGGUGUCGUCGUCCCUUCGCGCGAAGAUUACGGAUUUUGGGUCCAUUCGCCAGUGCUUCACUCGUGACAGGAACCAGCAACAGCAGCGCACAAGUCUCUCCUCAAGCAACGGUGAUGACCCACAAUACAGCCAGCAGGCUGGACUGCAGACGAUGACGAGCAUGACGCUGACGGCUGGCGUGGGCACACCAUUGUACAUGGCACCAGAGGCAUUGACGGGUGACAAGUACAGCUUUGAGGCUGACAUCUUCAGCUUUGGUGUGCUGAUGUGGGAGGUGGUGACGCAGCGGGUGCCGGAUUUGAUUGAGCAGGAAAAAGGGAGCGAGUAUCGUGGACCGAUCCUCGCCACCAUCAGCAAUCUUUUGGAGGAUGGGAAACGAUUGCGAUUUGAAGACAGCGAACAAGAUGCCAUCCCUGAGUGGUUCCAGUCGCUGACGUACAAGUGCAUGGCGCAGAACCCGCGUGAGCGGCCGUCGUUUGGGGAGCUCAAGGACCACCAUCUUGUUUGA